AUGGGGACCCUUACUUUCAUACUCUGUGUUGGCAUCCUGACAGUAAAUGCUGCCAGUGGGUGUCCGUUGGGCCGGGAGUUCAUCACUGCUUUCUUGCCCAACUAUAUAACAGGUGAUGGCCAAGCCAGGCCAACACUCUAUAUCACAGCCCAGGAAUCUGUAACUACAGUCACUGUUGAAGUCAAGGGUCUUGGCUUUAAACAGUCCCUGCGCAUAGAGGCAGGCACUACCAAAUUGAUCGUCCUCCCAGACAAGGCCGAGAUUGGAGAAGAUGGAGUUUCCUCCAAGACGGUGCUAAUUUUAUCUGAUGCAGAUGUAGCAGUGGUUACCUCCAACAUCAAGCCAUUUACUGGAGACAGCAGUGUGAUUUUCCCCACUCAACAACUUGGAAAGAGCUAUGUAGUUUUCACCCCAGAUGGUGGUCCCAUGAAUGAGGUUGUGGCUAUUGUCAAUGGCAAGGAUGCCAACACGAUUGACAUUCUGCCAUAUUCAAAUCUGAUGCUUAAAAACAUGAAACACUUGCAGCAAGGGGUCAAAACGACUGUUACUUUAGCUCCAUAUCAAGUUUAUCUGCUUCGGAGUGACAAAACAUUAUCAGGAAUCAGGAUCAACUCCCAACUUCCCUUGGCUGUGCUUUCAGGACAUGAGUGUUGGAGCCUCUAUGACACCUGUGAACAUGUCUAUGAGCAGCUGGUCCCAAUAGAAGCGCUUUCUGAUGAGUACCUGGUUCCUGCCAUGCAUCCUCUUAUUCCAGGUGACACUGCCCAUGUGGUUGCAGCUGAGCAGGACACUGAUGUGACUGUGUAUCAUGGACCCAUUCCCCUGACAAAAAAGCUUCAAGCUGGAGAGCUGUUGAAUGUCAUGGUUACAUUGCCAACAGUAAUUCGAAGCAACAAAAAGAUCAUGGUUAUGUAUACUAGCACCAACAAUCCCUUUGAUGAAUUUUUUACUAACAUAAUUCCUGUAUCCAAGAUGUCCAAAUCAUGGUCUAUUUACGCACUGGAUGACUAUCAGAACUUUGCAGUCAUUGUUUCAGAGGGAGACACCAGUAAAAAUCUUUUUGGACUUUUAAAUCUAAAUGUUUUUCCGGGAAACAAGAAGUAUACAUGGGCUAUUAAGCCACUUGGAACCAAAGAAGGCACCAUAUCUCUAACUAGUGAACUGCCACAAGCUGUCUAUGUUUUUGGUGGAAAAAUAAGGCAUGGUUAUAGCACAACUGGAGUGUGCAACGCUCCUACUCUACCACCAGUUCCAGUAGAUCCCUGUGCAAAUGUUAAAUGCCGUGAGAGGGAGCAGUGCAAAAACGGUGUCUGUGUCCGUAUUGAGACGGCGAUAUGCUGGGCUGUUGGUGAUCCACACUACAAAACAUUUGAUGGGAAGUAUUUUGAUUUACAAGGCACAUGCACUUACACCGUUUCAACCACUGUUAAAACUGAGAAAAACCUUGUUCCCUUCACCAUUCUGGCAAAGAAUAAUAACAGAGGGAGCAAUUAUGUGUCAUAUGUGAGGACCGUAUCUGUCAAUGUGUACAACUACACAGUGGUCGCCAGCAAGCAAGCAGGGAUGGUUCAGGUGGACGGUGAAAAUACCAAUUUGCCUGUAACUCUAGCUGGAGGAAAAUUAAAAGUGGUACAAAGUGGAUGGAACGCUCUUGUAACAACAGAUUUUGGCUUGGAGGUGAAGUACGACUGGAACAUGAUGCUUUACAUUACGGUGCCCAUCACCUAUUCUGGGUCUCUUGGUGGACUUUGUGGAAACUACAAUGGAGACUGGACAGAUGACCAAACAGACAUCAAGGGAACAAAACUCUCCACUGUCCUUGAGUUUGCCAAGAGCUGGAAGGUUGCAGACAAUGACUCGUUCUGCCAAGAUGACUGUGUGGGCAAGUGCCUCCUCUGCUCAGUUGAGCUAAAAGAGAAAUAUAGUGAUGAGAGCUACUGUGGCCUUAUAGCCAAAACAAAUGGACCAUUUGCCAGCUGCCACAAAGUUGUUUUACCAGGUGCAUUCUUCGACAACUGUGUAUAUGAUGUGUGCAUCAACAGAGGUGUGAGGAGCUUCCUGUGUGAAAACAUGCGCAGUUAUGCUGAUGCUUGUAUGUCAGCUGGGGUGAAGAUUGAUGCCAACUGGAGAAUGCUGGCUGACUGCCCAUUGCCAUGUCCAGAAAACAGUCACUAUGAAGCUUGUGGAACAGCCUGUGCUGCCUCCUGUUCGGAUAAAGAUGCUCCAAGCAAAUGUAAUAUGCCAUGUGUGGAGGGCUGCCAGUGCAAUACAGGUUUUGUCCUAAGUGGAACCAAAUGUGUACCAGUGAACCAAUGUGGCUGCACCUAUGAGGGUCGGUACUACCUUCCAGCUAAAACAUUCUGGGGUGACAAGACAUGCACUCAGAAAUGCACCUGCAAUUCACAAACUGGUCAAGUCACCUGCGUGGCCACAAAGUGCAAGUCGUCUGAAGUAUGUGAUUUACGGAAUGGUUUGAGACAAUGCUACCCACGUUCAUACGGGCAUUGCCAUGGCAGUGGAGAUCCCCAUUAUUUAACCUUCGAUGGCAGGGCUUUUGAUUUUCAGGGUACUUGCACCUAUUACCUUUCCAAAGUGGUUGAUAAAUCUGACUCUUCACUGGUGCCCUUUGAAGUUCUUGUCAAGAAUGAGAACAGGGGCAGGAACACGGCGGUUGCCUUUACCAAGACUGUAGAGAUAAACGUUUUCAACUACACCAUCAUCAUGACUAAAGACUACUAUGGUAAAGUCAUGGUUAACAACCUUUUCAUCAAUUUACCCUUUGAAAAAGACAGUCGGUUGUCUGUCUUCCUCAGUGGUUACUUCGGAGUGGUUAAAACUACCUUUGGAAUGAAUGUGAGAUACAACUGGGACAGCUAUGUGUCGAUCACACUGCCAAGCACAUACAGUAACGUGAUGGGAGGCCUCUGUGGAAACUGGAACGGUGACCUAAAUGAUGACUUGGCCUUCCCAAACAAAAGCAUCACAACCAACCCUAGUGUAUUUGCAGACAGCUGGAAAGCCAGAAAUGAUAAUGGUUGUACAGGAGGAUGCCAGGGCAACACGUGUCCCAAAUGUGAUGCAGCAGAGAGAAACAAGGAAGCUUACACAAAGCCAUGUAGCAUGAUAACAGACAAAAAUGGUCCAUUUAAAGCCUGUCAUGCUGCCUCCUGCAAAGCUAACAGCCACUAUGACGUCUGUGCUGCUGGAUGUCCCCAGACUUGCAGUGGUCUCACUGAGCCCGCAGCUUGCCAGCGUGCCCCCUGCAUCGAGGGUUGCGUGUGUGAUGCAGGAUUUGUCCUGAGCAAUGGCGCAUGUGUGUCAAUAGAGCAGUGCGGCUGUUUGUAUGAAGGCCAGUACUAUCAUCUGAACCAGGUCUUGUACCCCAAAGGCAAGUGUGAGUUCAAGUGCACCUGCAAUGACCGAGGACAAGUCACAUGCAAAGAGGGCUCCUCCUGUGGUCCUAAUGAGCGAUGUGAGGUCCGUGAUGGUGUCCAGGCCUGCUACCCAGAGGGCCAAGGAUCCUGCUCAGUGUCUGGCUCUGGAACAUACCGCUCAUAUGAUGGGAACAGCAUCAGUGUUGCAGGGGACUGUAUAUACAAACUGGUGGAAAUGGGUCAGACUGGAGACAUGAAGAAAAUUCCUUUCAGCGUGAUGGUGAAGCAAAUAUCUUCUGCUAUAGAUGUGAUGGUCACAAGAAGAGUGGACAUAGUGGUAGCUCAAUAUAAGAUUACUCUGGUUCCUGGUCUUCUGUGGAAGAUAAAGCUGAACGAAGUAACAACAAAUCUUCCUACGACACUUGAAGGAGGGCUUGUAAAGGUUUAUCAAAGUGGCCUGUUCAUUGUGUUGGAAACCACCUUUGGACUAAAAGUGACCUAUGACACCGUGUCUACAGCCACAGUUGAAAUUCCAUCCACUUACAAGUCCUCAGUUCGAGGUCUGUGUGGUAAUUACAACGACAACAAGGCAGACGACCUCCUAAUGCCAGAUGGCACUCAAGCUUCCUCUGUGGAGAAGUUUUUGGAUGCUUGGAAGGUGGCUCAGGAAGGAGUGAACUGCAAAACGGGGUGCCUCCCAGGCUCUACAUGCACAAAUCCUGAUCCGGGGGCCCAAAAGGAGGCAGAUAAUUCUUGUAAGAUUUUAAUUGUGGAAAAUGGCCCCUUUUCUAAUUGCUAUUCCAAAAUUCCACCCAAACCAUUCUACGAUGAUUGUGCCAAGGAUGUACCAUUACAACCAAAAGAUAAAACGCUUGUAUGCCGUCACAUCCAGAAAUAUGUGGCUCUGUGUCAGCAGGCUGGCAUCUCCAUCAGCAGCUGGAGGAACAAUACCUUCUGUGCCUUGAACUGCCCAGCUCAAAGUCAUUAUGAGAUCUGUGCCGACACCUGCUCUUCCUCGUGUGCCAGUCUUUCCAUGGCACAAACUUGUCCAGUGUGUCUUGAGGGCUGCCAGUGUGAUGAAGGUUUCCUGUUUGAUGGAGGUGACUGUAAGCCAGUAGAUAGCUGUGGUUGUUUGGUGGAUGGUAAAUAUUACAAGUCUGGAGAGACAGUGGUCCAAGGUGACUGUACUGAGACAUGCAGCUGCAAAGCUGGGCAGUUCUCAUGCCAACCCAACAAAUGUACUGAAAACGAGAUCUGCAGUGUCAAAGAUGGAGUACGUGCUUGUGUCCGCGAGAUGGCGAUAUGCUGGGCCGUUGGUGAUCCCCACUACAAAACAUUUGAUGGGAAGUAUUUUGAUUUACAAGGCACCUGCACUUACACCGUUUCCACCACUAUUAAAACUGAGAAAAACCUUGUUCCCUUCACCAUUCUGGUAAAGAAUAAUAACAGAGGGAGCAAUUAUGUGUCCUAUGUGAGGACCGUAUCUGUCAAAGUGUACAACUACACAGUAGUCGCCAGCAAGCAAGUGGGGGUAGUUGAGGUGGAUGGUGAAAAUACCAAUUUGCCUGUAACUCUAGCUGGAGGAAAAUUAAAAGUGGUACAAAGUGGAUGGAACGCUCUUGUAACAACAGAUUUUGGCUUGGAGGUGAAGUACGACUGGAACAUGAUGCUUUACAUUACGGUGCCCAUCACCUAUUCUGGGUCUCUUGGUGGACUUUGUGGAAACUACAAUGGAGACUGGACAGAUGACCAAACAGACAUCAAGGGAACAAAACUCUCCACUGUCCUUGAGUUUGCCAAGAGCUGGAAGGUUGCAGACAAUGACUCGUUCUGCCAAGAUGACUGUGCGGGCAAGUGCCUCCUCUGCCCAGAUAAGCUAAAAGAAAAAUAUAGUGAUGAGAGCUACUGUGGCCUUAUAGCCAAAACAAAUGGACCAUUUGCCAGCUGCCACAAAGUGGUGGAUCCUGGUGCAUUCUUUGACAACUGUGUAUAUGAUGUGUGCAUCAACAAAGGUGUAAAGAGCUCCCUGUGUGAAAACAUGCGCAGUUAUGCUGAUGCUUGUAUGUCAGCUGGGGUGAAGAUUGAUGCCAACUGGAGAAUGCUGGCUGACUGCCCAUUGCCAUGUCCAGAAAACAGUCACUAUGAAGCUUGUGGAACAGCCUGUGCUGCCUCCUGUUCGGAUAAAGAUGCUCCAAGCAAAUGUAAUAUGCCAUGUGUGGAUGGCUGCCAGUGCAAAACAGGUUUUGUCCUAAGUGGAACCAAAUGUGUACCAGUGAACCAAUGUGGCUGCACCUAUGAGGGUCGGUACUACCUUCCAGCUAAAACAUUCUGGGGUGACAAAACAUGCACUCAGAAAUGCACCUGCAAUUCACAAACUGGUCAAGUCACCUGCGUGACCUCAAAGUGCAAGUCGUCUGAAGUAUGUGAUUUACGGAAUGGUUUGAGACAAUGCUACCCACGUUCAUACGGGCAUUGCCAUGGCAGUGGAGAUCCCCAUUAUUUAACCUUCGAUGGCAGGGCUUUUGAUUUUCAGGGUACUUGCACCUAUUACCUUUCCAAAGUGGUUGAUAAAUCUGACUCUUCACUGGUGCCCUUUGAAGUUCUUGUCAAGAAUGAGAACAGGGGCAGGAACACGGCGGUUGCCUUUACCAAGACUGUAGAGAUAAACGUUUUCAACUACACCAUCAUCAUGACUAAAGACUACUAUGGUAAAGUCAUGGUAAACAACCUUUUCGUCAAUUUACCCUUUGAAAAAGACAGUCGGCUGUCUGUCUUCCUCAGUGGUUACUUCGGAGUGGUUAAAACUAACUUUGGAAUGAACGUGAGAUACAACUGGGACAGCUACGUGUCGAUCACACUGCCAAGCACAUACAGUAACGUGAUGGGAGGCCUCUGUGGAAACUGGAACGGCGACAUAAAUGAUGACUUGGCCUUCCCGAACAAAAGCAUCACAACCAACCCUAGUGUAUUUGCAGACAGCUGGAAAGCCAGAAAUGAUAAUGGUUGUACAGGAGGAUGCCAGGGCAACACGUGUCCCAAAUGUGAUGCAGCAGAGAGGAACAAGGAAGCUUAUACAAAACCAUGUAGCAUGAUAACAGACAAAAAUGGUCCAUUUAAAGACUGUCAUGGUAAAAUCAGUCCCACACAGUUCUAUGAAAACUGUGUGUAUGACAUGUGUAUGUAUGGUGGUCAUUCUACAGCCCUCUGCAAUGCACUUGCAGCCUACACAGCUACAUGCCAGACAUCACAGGCCAUUGUUGGAUCAUGGAAGACUAAAAGUUUCUGUCCUGCCUCCUGCAAAGCUAACAGCCACUAUGACGUCUGUGCUGCUGGAUGUCCCCAGACUUGCAGUGGUCUCACUGAGCCCGCAGCUUGCCAGCGUGCCCCCUGCAUCGAGGGUUGCGUGUGUGAUGCAGGAUUUGUCCUGAGCAAUGGCGAAUGUGUGUCAAUAGAGCAGUGCGGCUGUUUGUAUGAAGGCCAGUACUAUCAUCUGAACCAGGUCUUUUACCCCAAAGGCAAGUGUGAGUUCAAGUGCACCUGCAAUGAUCAAGGACAAGUCACAUGCAAAGAGGGCUCCUCCUGUGGUCCUAAUGAGCGAUGUGAGGUCCGUGAUGGUGUCCAGGCCUGCUACCCAGAGGGCCAAGGAUCCUGCUCAGUGUCUGGCUCUGGAACAUACCGCUCAUAUGAUGGGAACAGCAUCAGUGUUGCAGGGGACUGUAUAUACAAACUGGUGGAAAUGGGUCAGACUGGAGACAUGAAGAAAAUUCCUUUCAGCGUGAUGGUGCAGCAAAUAUCUUCUGCUAUAGAUGUGAUGGUCACAAGAAGAGUGGACAUAGUGGUAGCCCAAUAUAAGAUUGCUCUGAUACCUGGUCUUCUGUGGAAGAUAAAGCUGAACGAAGUAACAACAAUUCUUCCUACGACACUUGAAGGAGGGCUUGUAAAGGUUUAUCAAAGUGGCCUGUUCAUUGUGUUGGAAACCACCUUUGGACUAAAAGUGACCUAUGACACCGUGUCUACAGCCACAGUUGAAAUUCCAUCCACUUACAAGUCCUCAGUUCGAGGUCUGUGUGGUAAUUACAACGACAACAAGGCAGACGACCUCCUAAUGCCAGAUGGCACUCAAGCUUCCUCUGUGGAAAAGUUUUUGGAUGCUUGGAAGGUGGCUCAGGAAGGAGUGAACUGCAAAACGGGGUGCCUACCAGGCUCUACAUGCACAAAUCCUGAUCCGGGGGCCCAAAAGGAGGCAGAUAAUUCUUGUAAGAUUUUAAUUGUGGAAAAUGGCCCCUUUUCUAAUUGCUAUUCCAAAAUUCCACCCAAACCAUUCUACGAUGAUUGUGCCAAGGAUGUACCAUUACAACCAAAAGAUAAAACGCUUGUAUGCCAUCACAUCCAGAAAUAUGUGGCUCUGUGUCAGCAGGCUGGCAUCUCCAUCAGCAGCUGGAGGAACAAUACCUUCUGUGCCAUGAACUGCCCGGCUCAAAGUCAUUAUGAGAUCUGUGCCGACACCUGCUCUUCCUCGUGUGCCAGUCUUUCCAUGGCACAAACUUGUCCAGUGUGUCUUGAGGGCUGCCAGUGUGAUGAAGGUUUCGUGUUUGAUGGAGGCGACUCUCCUACACCACCACCACCAGAUCCCUGUGCAAAUGUUCAAUGCCGUGAGAGGGAGCAGUGCCAAAACGGUGUCUGUGUCCUUAUUGAGACUGCAAUAUGCUGGGCCGUUGGUGAUCCCCACUACAAAACAUUUGAUGGGAAGUUUUUUGAUUUACAAGGCACCUGCACUUACACCGUUUCCACCACUAUUAAAACUGAGAAAAACCUUGUUCCCUUCACCAUUCUGGUAAAGAAUAAUAACAGAGGGAGCAAUUAUGUGUCCUAUGUGAGGACCGUAUCUGUCAAAGUGUACAACUACACAGUAGUCGCCAGCAAGCAAGUGGGGGUAGUUGAGGUGGAUGGUGAAAAUACCAAUUUGCCUGUAACUCUAGCUGGAGGAAAAUUAAAAGUGGUACAAAGUGGAUGGAACGCUCUUAUAAGAACAGAUUUUGGCUUGGAGGUGAAGUACGACUGGAACAUGAUGCUUUACAUUACGGUGCCCAUCACCUAUUCUGGGUCUCUUGGUGGACUUUGUGGAAACUACAAUAAAGACUGGACAGAUGACCAAACAGACAUCAAGGGAACAAAACUCUCCACUGUCCUUGAGUUUGCCAAGAGCUGGAAGGUUGCAGACAAUGACUCGUUCUGCCAAGAUGACUGUGCGGGCAAGUGCCUCCUCUGCCCAGUUGAGCUAAAAGACAAAUAUAGUGAUGAGAGCUACUGUGGCCUUAUAGCCAAAACAAAUGGACCAUUUGCCAGCUGCCACAAAGUGGUGGAUCCUGGUGCAUUCUUCGACAACUGUGUAUAUGAUGUGUGCAUCAACAAAGGCAUCAGAAGCUUCCUGUGUGAAAACAUGCGCAGUUACGCUGAUGCUUGUAUGUCAGCUGGGGUGAAGAUUGAUGCCAACUGGAGAAUGCUGGCUGACUGCCCAUUGCCAUGUCCAGAAAACAGUCACUAUGAAGCUUGUGGAACAGCCUGUGCUGCCUCCUGUUCGGAUAAAGAUGCUCCAAGCAAAUGUAAUAUGCCAUGUGUGGAGGGCUGCCAGUGCAAUACAGGUUUUGUCCUAAGUGGAACCAAAUGUGUACCAGUGAACCAAUGUGGCUGCACCUAUGAGGGUCGGUACUACCUUCCAGCUGAAACAUUCUGGGGCGACAAAACAUGCACCAAGAAAUGCACCUGCAAUUCACAAACUGGUCAAGUCACCUGCGUGACCACAAAAUGCAAGUCGUCUGAAGUAUGUGAUGUACGCAAUGGUGUGAGAAACUGCUACCCACUAUCAUAUGGGCAUUGCCAUGGCAGUGGAGAUCCCCAUUAUUUAACCUUCGAUGGCAGGGCUUUUGAUUUUCAGGGUACUUGCACCUAUUACCUUUCCAAAGUGGUUGAUAAAUCUGACUCUUCACUGGUGCCCUUUGAAGUUCUUGUCAAGAAUGAGAACAGGGGCAGGAACACGGCCGUUGCCUUUACCAAGACUGUGGAGAUAAACAUUUACAACUACACCAUCAUCAUGACUAAAGACUACUAUGGUAAAAUCAUGGUAAACAACCUGUUUGUCAAUUUACCCUUUGAAAAAGACAGUCGGCUGUCUGUCUUCCUCAGUGGUAUCUUCGGAGUGGUUAAAACUAACUUUGGAAUGAAUGUGAGAUACAACUGGGACAGCUACGUGUCGAUCACACUGCCAAGCACAUACAGUAACGUGAUGGGAGGCCUCUGUGGAAACUGGAACGGCGACAUAAAUGAUGACUUGACCUUCCCGAACAAAAGCAUCACAACCAACCCUAGUGAAUUUGCAGACAGCUGGAAAGCCAGAAAUGAUACUGGUUGUACAGGAGGAUGCCAGGGCAACACGUGUCCCAAAUGUGAUGCAGCAGAGAGGAACAAGGAAGCUUACACAAAGCCAUGUAGCAUGAUAACAGACAAAAAUGGUCCAUUUAAAGACUGUCAUGGUAAAAUCAGUCCCACACAGUUCUAUGAAAACUGUGUGUAUGACAUGUGUAUGUAUGGUGGUCAUUCUACAGCCCUCUGCAAUGCACUUACAGCCUACACAGCUGCAUGCCAGACAUCACAGGCCAUUGUUGGAUCAUGGAGGACUAACAGUUUCUGUCUUGCCUCCUGCAAAGCUAACAGCCACUAUGACGUCUGUGCUGCUGGAUGUCCCCAGACUUGCAGUGGUCUCACUGAGCCCGCAGCUUGCCAGCGUGCCCCCUGCAUCGAGGGUUGCGUGUGUGAUGCAGGAUUUGUCCUGAGCAAUGGCGAAUGUGUGUCAAUAGAGCAGUGCGGCUGUUUGUAUGAAGGCCAGUACUAUCAUCUGAACCAGGUCUUUUACCCCAAAGGCAAGUGUGAGUUCAAGUGCACCUGCAAUGAUCAAGGACAAGUCACAUGCAAAGAGGGCUCCUCCUGUGGUCCUAAUGAGCGAUGUGAGGUCCGUGAUGGUGUCCAGGCCUGCUACCCAGAGGGCCAAGGAUCCUGCUCAGUGUCUGGCUCUGGAACAUACCGCUCAUACGAUGGGAACAGCAUCAGUGUUGCAGGGGACUGUAUAUACAAACUGGUGGAAAUGGGUCAGACUGGAGACAUGAAGAAAAUUCCUUUCAGCGUGAUGGUGCAGCAAAUAUCUUCUGCUAUAGAUGUGAUGGUCACAAGAAGUGUGGACAUAGUGGUAGCCCAACAUAAGAUUACUCUGGUUCCUGGUCUUCUGUGGGAGAUAAAGGUGGAUGAGAUCAAAACAAUUCUUCCUACGACACUUGAAGGAGGGCUUGUAAAGGUCUAUCAAGGUGGCCUGUUCAUUGUGUUGGAAACCACCUUUGGACUAAAAGUGACCUAUGACACCGUGUCUACAGCCACAGUUGAAAUUCCAUCCACUUACAAGUCCUCAGUUCGAGGUCUGUGUGGUAAUUACAACGACAACAAGGCAGACGACCUCCUAAUGCCAGAUGGCACUCAAGCUUCCUCUGUGGAGAAGUUUUUGGAUGCUUGGAAGGUGGCUCAGGAAGGAGUGAACUGCAAAACGGGGUGCCUACCAGGCUCUACAUGCACAAAUCCUGAUCCAGGGGCCCAAAAGGAGGCAGAUAAUUCUUGUAAGAUUUUAAUUGUGGAAAAUGGCCCCUUUUCUAAUUGCUAUUCCAAAAUUCCACCCAAACCAUUCUACGAUGAUUGUGCCAAGGAUGAGGUCUUGCAGCUGCCCACCAGGGAUGACCAUGUUUCCUCAAACCCGCAGACGUGUGCCCCUCCCUGA